UGGCAAUAUGUGGAACCACACGGUAACGUACGUCGAGAUGAUACAUCGACCGGCAAGAAUUAUUCGGAAUCGCACGGAUGGCAAAGCUAUGACACUGCAGCACCUCACUGGCAAUACGUGGAACCACACGGUAAGGAACGUAAAGAUGAAAUAUCGACGGGCAAGACUUAUUCUGAAUCACACGGAAGGCACAGCCAAAAUCGUACAGCAUCUCAUUGGACAUAUGUGGAACCACACGGUAACGCACGUCGAGAUGAUACAUCGACCGGCAAGACUUAUUCUGAAUCACACGGAAAGCAGAGCCAUAACACUACAGCGUCUCACUGGCAAUAUGUGGAACCACAGGGUAAGGAAGAUCAAAAUGUAACACCGAUGGAUCGGACAUCUUUUCAGACACCGGAAGCCGAUGACCGAAGUUUUACAGUGUUUCACUGGACAUACGUGGAACCAGACCGCAAAAUGGCGGAGCGUUAUUCACCGUAUGAAAUGCAGCAGUACAUAUUUUUCGAGCCAUAUGGUGAGAAGCCCGCAUAUGUUUCAAAAUACGGUGCACAAAGUUACAAAUAUUUGAAGAAAAACGAUGAGAAGACGGUACGUGACUCAUCGUGCGACAGACAACGGUAUAUGCAACUCGAAGCAUACGGAACCGGGCCGAACGAAAUGUCAUCCUACGAUAUGCAGCAGUACGCAUACUUCGAGCCAUACGGUGAGAUGGCCGAACAUGAUUCACCGUACGAAAUACGGCAGUGCACAUGCUUUCAACCACACAAUGAGCUGUCUGCAAAUGGUCUACACUUAAAUAUGCUUCAUUAA